AUCUUCAGGUUCGGAUAUUGUCUUCACUGCCGAACCAAACAUCUGUUUAUUAAUCCGAACCUCACCUCUCAAAAUCAAAAUUCCCCCCUUUUCUCACUGUACGUCACUUCUCUAUCCUUCUUCUCUCUCUUCCUUCAUUUCUUCCUCGUGUCACCCUUCCCAUUUUCUGCAACUUUAAUUACUGUUUUUGUUCAAUCUAAACUUAAAUACGGCGGAAAUCGUUCUUCAACUUCAAGCUUUUGAUUUCAUGGAUUUUAUUCUGUAAAUUUAUGUACAACAAUGGCGUUUUCUUUAGGUUUAUUCAUGUUCAAGCUUUCGAUUUUUAUUGAAUUAAAUCUGUAAAUUUCUGUAUGAAAAUGGAGAUUACUCGAGGUUUAUUCAUUUCAAAACCCUAAUUUUCAUGGAAAUUUUUGAAUAUUCAACUUAUUUAUAUAUAUUGAAGUUUGACGUAAGUGCACUAAGGCUUUGAGCUUUUUUCUCUUGGUUAAUUGAACUGGAAAAACAAUAACUUGCGAUAUAUUUAAUGCGGAGAUCAACUACCCCAAUCAAUUCACAUGCAUAUGGGAAUUUUAUUUAAAUUAUUAAUUAAUUUGUCGACUCUUCGUAUUUUCUUAGUUCUUACUAUGCUUCUACAAGUUUCUUUCGUUUUGUAAUUCAGAUCACACAAAAUAAACUUCUAUCCCCAAAAAUACAGAAAGAAAAAAAAAUCAUCACUGGCCCACACUUUUUUCCAGCUACUAUUUUUUUUUUUUUUUUUUUGUAAAAUGAUGAUUUCUAGCUUUUGAAAUCAUUGAUUUAAUUUUUUAUUUGUUCAAAAUAAUUAAUGGGUUCAAUUUCUGAGAGAUCUAAUUCUUCUUCUUCAUCUUCUUCCUCAAAUGGCCGGGAAAUUGAUCCUUUGUUGAGGGAUUUGAGUGAGAAAAAGCAGAACUUUAAGAGGAAUGUUGUUUCAUUAGCAGCUGAAUUGAAGGAUGUUCGAACUCGUCUUGCUUUGAAGGAACAAUCUUAUGCUAAAGAAACCCUAACUAGGCGGGCAACAGAAGCAAAGGCAAAGGGAAUGGAAGAUGAAGUGUAUAGACUACAUAAAACCUUGGAGGAAAGAAAUAAAGAAUUACACUCAUCAGCUUCUAAUGCUGAAAAGUACCUCCAAGAGCUGGAUGAUCUUAGAGUUCAGCUCACGGUUACUCAAGCUGCAGCAGACGCAAGUGCUGCCUCUGCUCAAUCAGCCCAUUUGCAGUGUUUGACAUUGCGAAAGGACCUCGAUGAAAAGAACAACUCAAUAAAGGAACACGAAGAUCGUGUGAUGAGGCUUGCAGAGCAAUUAGAUAAAUUGCAGACGGAUCUUCAAGUGAGGGAGCAUUCACAGAAGCAACUCAAAGAUGAAGUCUUCAGAGUUGAACAAGACAUCAUGGAAGCCAUGGCAAAAGCUAGCAUUAACAAGGAUUGUGAACUGAGGAGAAUCUUAGAUGAGGUUUCCCCAAAAAACUUUGAGAACAUAAAUCGGCUUUUGUCUGCAAAAGAUGAUGAAAUCGCCAAACUAAGAGAUGAGAUCAGGAUGCUAUCUGCUCAUUAUAAGCUAAAGAUCAAGGAAAUGGAAUCACAGUUGGAGAAGCAUCAUAAGACUGAUCAAGAUUUAAAGAAGCGAGUAUUGAAACUGGAGUUCUGUCUCCAAGAAGCUCGUUCUCAAACAAGAAAAUUUCAGCGGAUGGGGGAGCGAAGGGACAAAGCUAUAAAAGAACUGAGGGAUCAAUUAGCUUUGAAGCAACAGCCUGCAGCUAAGAGUAAUGAGAAAGAAAAUUUCUGGGAAAGCUCCAAUUUUAAAAUUUUGGUUUCAAUGUCAAUGUUAGUCUUGGUGGUCUUUUCGAGGCGGUAAUGUAUUGUUAAAAAGUAUAUGUUGUAGAAUGUAAGGGAACUUACUGUAGGAAUCCAUGAUUAGAAAUAUUAGGAAAAACUACAGAGGCAUAUUGUCUGUAAAAUAGAAAGGGCCUUUUUCCAGUUUUUGUCCCAAAUUUCAGUUAGUAGAUCUGCAGUGAACCUCCUUUUUUUACAAGUAGAAUAUUUUAGAGUUGGAACAUGUGAUCAGAAACACAUCCAUAUGAAUGUAAAAUUUAGGAUUAUAUAUAUGAGAUGGAAAAUCAAAUUUCUCUACUA